AGGGACACUGGACAAGGCUACCCCGGACACCAAGACACGGUCAGCUCUGAUGUGUAUACUGUGUGCUAGAGCAGGCCCCUGAGUGAGUGUUCUCCCUGGGUGAGCGGGUGUCCUGGAUGGUGAUUGACUAUGCCCCGAGCCAGAGAACAGAGAGCAGUGUUGCUGAAAACGCACAUAGUACAGAGCAGACAGAAUAGGAGCUAUGCUCACACACAGCAGCACCAAUGGCAGUGGGGCACAAGAGACAGGUCAUGGGAACCACAAAGAGGACAGUCCAUUUCUCAACAGCACAGAUGCUGCCGCCAAGAAGACUGAUUUUUACGACAGGAACCUGGCCUUGUUUGAGGAGGAGCUGGACAUACGCCCCAAGGUUUCGUCUCUCCUCAGCAGAUUGGUCAACUACACUAACAUCACCCAGGGAGCCAAGGAGCAUGAAGAGGAGGAGAGCGCUGAGGCCUCACGCAAGAAGGCCCCCAAGUCUCCCAACAUGGGCACCCUGAUGGGAGUGUACCUGCCCUGUCUCCAGAACAUCUUUGGUGUCAUCCUUUUUCUCCGCCUGACGUGGAUCGUGGGGACGGCUGGCAUCGUGCAGUCAUUCCUAAUCGUCCUCAUGUGUUGCUCAUGUACGAUGCUCACAGCCAUAUCAAUGAGUGCCAUCGCUACGAAUGGGGUCGUUCCAGCUGGAGGAGCAUACUUCAUGAUUUCGCGUUCUCUGGGCCCAGAGUUUGGAGGAGCCGUGGGGCUGUGUUUCUACCUGGGCACCACAUUUGCUGCUGCCAUGUACAUCCUGGGGGCCAUUGAAAUCUUCCUGAAAUAUCUAGUCCCCCAAGCGGCCAUCUUCCAUGCCACAGACCCCCAUGGGAGUGACAGCGCCAUGCUAAAUAACAUGCGAGUCUAUGGUUCAAUCUGCCUCAGCCUGAUGGCUGUCGUGGUGUUUGUGGGGGUCAAGUAUGUCAACAAGCUGGCCUCCCUCUUCCUGGCUUGCGUCAUCAUCUCCAUCGUCUCCAUCUACGCCGGGGCAAUCAAGUCCAUCACUCACCCACCAGAGUUUCCGGUCUGCAUGCUGGGCAACAGGACGCUGGUGAGAGAUCUCUUUGACGUGUGCGCCAAGACGGUGGUGGAGGGCAAUAAAACCGUCCCGAGUCAGCUGUGGAGCAACUUCUGCACGCCAGGCAACAUGAGCAGUGCUCAGUGUGACGACUACUUCAGCCAAAACAAUGUGACAGAGAUACAGGGCAUCCCCGGUCUUGCCAGUGGUAUUAUUAGAGAAAACAUGUGGGGCGACUACAUGCAGAAAGGGGAGAUCCUCGAGAAGGCGGGGCUGCCGUCAGUUGAUAUCCACGGAGCUAUGGAGAGCUUUGGCCUGUACGUGUCAGCAGACAUCGCCACGUCUUUCACUCUCCUGGUGGGGAUCUUCUUCCCAUCCGCCACAGGUAUCAUGGCGGGUUCCAACAGGUCUGGUGAUCUACGGGACGCUCAGAGGUCCAUCCCUGUGGGAACCAUUUUGGCUAUUACUACUACUUCACUUGUUUAUUUCAGUUCUGUCAUUCUGUUUGGGGCCUGUAUUGAGGGAGUAGUCCUGAGGGACAAAUUUGGGGAUGCAGUCAGUAGGAACCUAGUUGUGGGGACUCUUGCCUGGCCCUCCCCUUGGGUCAUCGUCAUUGGCUCCUUUUUCUCCACCAUCGGGGCAGGCCUCCAGUCCCUGACAGGCGCACCCCGUCUCCUACAGGCUAUUGCCAAAGACAACAUCAUUCCCUUCCUCAGGGUGUUUGGUCACGGCAAAGCCAACGGAGAGCCCACAUGGGCACUGCUGUUGACUGGCCUCAUAGCUGAGCUGGGUAUCCUUAUUGCAUCACUGGAUAUGGUGGCACCUAUCCUUUCUAUGUUCUUCCUGAUGUGCUAUCUCUUUGUGAACUUAGCGUGUGCAGUGCAGACUCUGCUACGCACACCCAACUGGAGGCCCAGAUUCAGAUAUUACCACUGGGCUCUGUCCUUCCUGGGCAUGAGCAUGUGCCUGGCUCUGAUGUUCAUCUCUUCCUGGUACUACGCUAUCGUGGCCAUGGCCAUCGCUGGCAUGAUCUACAAGUACAUUGAGUACCAGGGAGCAGAAAAGGAGUGGGGAGAUGGGAUUCGAGGCUUGUCCCUGAGUGCUGCUCGUUAUGCCCUGCUCAGGCUCGAAGUUGGGCCCCCUCACACAAAGAACUGGAGACCUCAGCUGUUGGUGCUGCUAAAGCUGGACGAGGACCUCCAUGUCAAGUACCCUCGCCUGCUGACAUUUGCCUCGCAGUUGAAAGCAGGGAAAGGUCUGACCAUAGUGGGCUCUGUCAUCCAGGGCAACUUCCUAGAGAGCUAUGGAGAGACCCAGGCUGCUGAACAGGCCAUUAAGAACAUGAUGGAGAUUGAGCGGGUUAAGGGUUUUUGCCAGGUAGUGGUUGCAUCUAAGGUGCGGGAGGGCAUUGCCCAUCUGAUCCAGUCCUGUGGCCUGGGGGGCAUGAAGCACAACACAGUGGUGAUGGGCUGGCCAUAUGGCUGGAGACAGAGCGAGGACCCUCGCGCAUGGAAGACCUUUAUCAACACGGUGCGCUGCACCACAGCCGCCCACCUGGCCCUGAUGGUGCCCAAGAACGUUUCCUUUUACCCCAGUAACCACGAGCGCUUCACAGACGGCCACAUCGACGUGUGGUGGAUUGUCCAUGAUGGCGGCAUGCUGAUGCUUCUGCCUUUUCUGCUCAAACAGCAUAAAGUCUGGAAGAAGUGCAAGAUGCGCAUCUUCACGGUGGCCCAGAUGGACGACAACAGCAUCCAAAUGAAAAAGGACCUGGCCACGUUCCUCUACCAGCUGAGAAUAGAGGCUGAAGUGGAAGUGGUGGAGAUGCACGACAGUGACAUCUCGGCGUACACAUAUGAGCGGACCCUGAUGAUGGAGCAGAGGUCCCAGAUGCUGAGGCAAAUGAGACUCUCCAGCGCGGAAAGAGACAGAGAGGCCCAGUUAGUGAAGGACAGGCACUCCAUAGUGCGGAUGGGCAGUCUAUACUCUGAUGAGGAAGAGGAGGUCGUGGAGACUCCCCCAGAGAAGGUCCAGAUGACUUGGACCAGAGAAAAGUGUGAGGCCGAGAGGAGGAACAGGAACAAUGUGCCAGAGAACUUCAGAGAACUCAUAAGCCUCAAACCGGACCAGUCCAAUGUGCGACGGAUGCACACCGCUGUGAAACUGAAUGAGGUAAUAGUCAACAGGUCCCAUGAGGCACGGUUAGUGUUACUCAACAUGCCUGGGCCACCUAGAAACACAGACGGCGAUGAGAACUAUAUGGAGUUCCUGGAGGUGUUGACUGAGGGCUUAGAACGAGUGCUGCUGGUGAGAGGGGGAGGUCGGGAGGUCAUCACUAUCUACUCCUGACCAAUCAGAAGCCACUACAUGCCUUUUUGACUCAACAACACACAUUCCACCCCUGGCCACAGGGAGCUUUACCAGCUUGGCUUACCGACAGCUCUGGGCACAGAUUUAAAGAGGGGUCUGGCAAUGGACUCGCGGACACCUCCAACUCCUCCGAUCAUAAGGGACGCCCGCCCUCCCAUUUCGUUACCCUGCUGACCUUGAAGGAUAAUUCUGGCUUUUUACAACCUGGGUCUUAUUUUCAUAGUUUUUUUUGCCAUUUGACACCAUUGUGAAGCUAUAUCCAGUGGUGCCCCUGUAUUCAAGCUCUCCCAAAUGAUGUGAGUGAAAUGAUAUGAAAUUAUAUUACAGUUAACAUGGAUGAUGGCAAAAACAAGAACAACGCCCAGGUGGUAGAAAACCGGAAUAACCCUUUAACGCCACCAAACCCAUACCUAAACUUAACCAUGAGGUGGGAGGAGCUGAGGUGUCUGUGAGUCUGCCGCCAAAUUGUUUUGCAGAUGUAAUUUAAAAACGAAGUAAAGACUAUUCUAGAUUUUAUUCUGUUAUUGUAGAUUAUUGAUACCCAUUAGGGUACCAUCUAUCAACACAUCUAUGCCAAUCUUUACGCAGACAACCGAAAGCUCUUUUUUUAUUUUAUUUUUUUUACAGUGUUUUAACAUCAACACCUAUAGAAAUUUCAUCAAAACCUAUAGACAUUUGUGUUAAUCUGUCACUUUUUUUUGCAGUGUUAUUUGUUGCUCACAUAAAUGCUGCUCAAUACACGAUUAACCUGCAAACCGCUAUAACUUGCCAGACAGGUCGAACCUGGGCAAUGCACUACUGCAACUCGCACAUGGCGUUUCAAAUUAAGAACCUAAAACAGCUACUUGGUAGUGAAAAACACAGUUUUAUAUUUAUUUUAUUAUUUAUUGAUCCAGUUUUAUUUUUUUCCCCAGUGAGGUAGCAGAGAACAUGUUUGUAGAUAAUGAACAAACGGUAUAAAUUGGUUUCUGCUCUGUAGGUGGCACAGAAUCCAGUUUGUAAAUUUGGAUGCCAGAAAUCCUGAAAUAUUUUUUUUAAAGGUUUAUAAUUUAUGGCUGUUUUAUAUUGGAUAUGGAUUUGUAUUGUGGAUAAGACAGAAAUCUGUGCAUGAAUAAUUGUUACAGUUUUUAGAGAUUUUACAGUUUUUUUCAAAAGUUGCUGUGACGGGCUUGUGAAGCACCCACCAGGCCAUUUUGCAGUGAUACAAACAACAUGUGUUUUUUUUUUUUUUUUCCUGUAGCGUGAAAGCCACAGACAGGCCAAAAGUAUUUUGUAUAAGUGAAUAAAACAACAACGAAGGCUGCCAGACUGUUCCAAGAUUCCUUUGUUCAGAGCGAAAACUUCCAUUGCAGUUGUCUCCGUAAAAAGGAAACGUAUGGAAAUGAGACCCAAGGGGAACAUUUUUUUUGGAUUAGAUCAUACUUAAAACACAUUAUGCUAGUCAAAAGGGACAAAAAAUAAAAAGCAAGGCAUCUGAAAUAGAAAAUAACUGAAUAUAAUGUCUUUGAAGUUUUUCAAAAAGGCUAAUUAAUGGGAGGCGAUAAUGUGCAUAGGCCAUCAACAGAACACCAGACACACUCAGAAUUCUCCCUGGGUAACAGGAAGCACAUAAAACAAAACCCUCACCAAAACUGUGCUAAUUUCUUGCUUUAAUUAAAGUUAAACCGUGUGAAGCUAUUUGGCAACUGUGCUCACGCUUUCCUCUCCAGCACGAUAAAAAGCAUAACACAGUCAAUCAAAACUGCUUUGCUUACUUAAAAAUCUUUAAUGGAUAUUUUAUCAACAACCAACUGGCAUUGUUAUGAUCAGUUAUAAAUAUAUAUAAGUAAGGCACCUUUCAGAAGACCGGCAUGUGCUGGUAUGUGCACACCUGUGUAACAAGUGAGGACAAUCCGGUGAUUUAAAGCGAUUUAGAUUAGAUUAUUUUAUCACAUACACUACCGUUCAAAAGUUUGGGAUCACCCAAACAAUUUUGUGUUUUCCAUGAAAAG